CAUUUAGAAGCAGGCAUUCUCUAUAAACCUGAAGCCCCAUGGCUAAAACCUGUAUCUCAAACUGUAUCAAUGACACAAGGUUCCCCCUCCCAGUGAGGCCAACCUACGUGAACCUCUAUAAGUGGCCGGAAUCCGAUGCCGAGUUCGUACGGUCACUGAGCUCCGACCGGCGCAGCAAUGGCGGCCGUCCACACCCCACGGUCGUUGAUAGCAUCUCGUGCAGGCAAAUAUACCUGAGGAGCUACACGUUUCACAGGAGCAAUCAGGCCGAGACUGAGAAAACAAAAUGUUUUGGCAGAUCAGUUGAUAAGAAGGAUAUGAGCCGUAGAAGGAAAAACAAAUCCAAAAGUGUUGCCAAGAAGAAGUGUGGGGCUCUAACAAGGGCCAAAGAGGUGUAUUGUGCCGCCCUCUUGGCCAUGUUCCGGAGGCUGUUGGCCUGCACUUCCAAGGUUGAUGUGGCUGAUCAUCAUGGACAUUGAACAUAUCAU